ACUGCAUUAAAUUUUGCAUUAAUAACCUCCACCUACACAUGCCUCAAGCCUACAACAGAAAAUUUAAUGCCAUUCAUAGCCCCCCUCCCCACACACACCCCUCUUUCCUCUCUCUCUCUCUCUCUCAGUGUACAUUGUGAUAGGCUCUCUCUCUCUCUCUCUCUCUCUCUCUCUCUCUGUCUCUGUCUCUGAGUUCUCUCUGUGCGCUUUACUCUUUUCCACCACCCCUUCUCCACAAGCAAGAACCUUGAGAGCAGAGUGCUUCAGCCCACUGGAAAAGCCUUACCUAAAAAGGUUCAACUUAUAUGCAGUGGGGUACUUGUUCAUCACUCCAUUGUGAUUUGGGUGUUGGUUCUCUUUAAACCCAAUUACAAGUAUAGGGGAUGAUGGUGUGAUAGACUCUGUUUGGGGCUUGGAACGAGAAAGAUGGAUGUCUCUUUCGGUUGGUUUUGAGAAGCUGUGUUUGGUUACCAAAUGUUCUAUCUGUGAGUUCUUUGUCUUUACCUAGUUCGAACGAAGAAAACAGUGGGGAAAACCAAAAAAAUCCAAAUUUGGGGCCCUUCUGAAGUGAAAACGUCCUAGAAUUUCACUUCUGAAGUGCUUGUUGGAAAAGCUGAUGUAGAAUUGGUCGUUUUUGGCUUGUAAAUCUCAACCAUGUCCUCCAAAAAGCACAAAUUUUUAACCCAAAUUGCAAUCUUGGUGUUCAUUUUUGGUUCAGUAACAAUGGGUGUACUGAGCCUUGGGUCCAUGUCCUCUAUUGCUGUGUCCUAUGGUGAGAAUGGCCCUGUUUUCUGUGGCCUGAGCUCAGAUGGGUCUCAUUCAGUGACCUGCUUCGGCGCAGACGCUUCGAUAGUCUACGGCGCGCCGUUCCGACUCCCCUUACUGGGUCUCACUGCUGGUGAUGGCUUUGUCUGUGGCCUUUUGUUGGAAACAAACCAACCCUACUGUUGGGGAAGCAACAUAUAUGUGAAAAUGGGAGUGCCCCAGCCCAUGGAAGAAGGGGCCCAGUACUCGGAGAUUAGUGCGGGCGACGACCAUCUCUGCGCACUGAGGGUGCCCGGUAAAAUGCCCCACAGAGGAAUUUCGUCGAUUGAUUGCUGGGGCUACAACAUGACGGCCUCGCACGCCUUUGCCGGAGGGAUCGAAUCGAUCUCGGCCGGAUCGGUGUUCAAUUGCGGGUUGUUUGCACGCAACAAGACGGCAUUUUGUUGGGGGGAUGAGACGGGGAGCGGCGUGAUCGGCCUAACCCCGAAGAACGUGAGGUUUCGGUCCAUUUCGGCCGGCGGGUUUCAUGUGUGCGGGGUGUUAGAGAAUGCCCAAGUCAUUUGUUGGGGGAGGAGCUUAGAAAUGAGGCAAACGUCUUCUUCGGGCAUUUUAGGGCAGGGUGAUGUGAACAUGGUGCCAAUGGAUCCGAUGGUCGCUGUAGUCGGUGGGAGGUUCCAUUCCUGCGGGAUAAAGAGCGACGAUCAUCACGUCGUUUGCUGGGGCUUUACUCUCCGGAAUAGCGUCCCUCCCCCUAAACAAACCAAGGUGUACGAGAUUGCGGCCGGGGAUUACUUCACCUGCGGUGUGCUCGCUGAAAAUUCACUUAGACCGAUAUGUUGGGGGACGGGGGGGCCGUGGUCUAUUCCGAUGGCCGUCUCGCCAGGAAUUUGUGCUUCUACCCCUUGCGGUCCCGGUUAUUAUGAAUAUACUCAUCCAGGUUUGGGGAGUAAGAUUUGCAAGCCUGCGAACUCGAGGGUGUGCUUGCCGUGUAGCGUUGGCUGCCCUGACGGGAAUUAUCAGUCUACGCCAUGCAAUGCGACUUCGGAUCGCGGGUGUGAAUUCGACUGCUCGAGCUGUGUUUCUGGCGAUUGCUUGACCUUCUGCGCGGACCAAAAGAAAUCCAAGACCCGGAAGCUCUUCUCUCUUCAGAUGCCGAUCUUUGUCGCGGAGAUCGUUUUCGCGGUUGUUUUGGUGAGUGCUGUUUCCGUUGUCGCUUUCCUCUAUGUUCGGUACAAGUUGCGAAACUGUAGAUGCUCAAAGACCGAACUGAGAGUGGUGAAGAAUCGGGCCUACUCUUUCCACAAGGAGUCUGUGAAAAUACAGCCCGAUAUGGAGGAGCUCAAGAUCAGGAGGGCGCAAACGUUCACGUACGAAGAGCUGGAGAAGGCAACGGGCGGCUUUUGUGAAGAAUCCCAAGUAGGGAAAGGUAGUUUUUCCUGCGUGUUUAAAGGGAUUUUAAAAGAUGGGACGGUGGUCGCCGUUAAGCGGGCGAUAAAGGCUUCUGAUGUGAAGAAGAGCUCGAAGGAAUUCCACACUGAACUCGACCUGCUCUCGAGGCUAAACCACGCCCAUCUGCUUAACUUGCUUGGAUACUGCGAAGAAGGCGGAGAGAGGCUCUUGGUCUACGAGUUCAUGGCUCAUGGCUCCUUGUACCAAUACCUUCACGGCAAGGACCCGCGCCAAAAGGAGCAAUUGGAUUGGGUCCGACGGGUCACCAUCGCGGUCCAGGCCGCGCGCGGGAUCGAGUACUUGCACGGAUAUGCAUGCCCGCCGGUGAUUCACCGCGACAUCAAAUCAUCAAACAUUCUGAUCGACGAGGAACAUAAUGCUCGUGUCGCGGAUUUUGGUCUUUCCCUGCUGGGCCCCGCCGAUAGUAGCUCGCCGUUGUCCGAACUCCCAGCCGGAACGCUAGGCUACCUCGACCCUGAGUACUACCGACUUCACUACUUGACGACGAAAUCCGAUGUCUAUAGCUUUGGGGUCCUCCUUUUGGAAAUCCUGAGUGGAAGAAAAGCCAUAGAUAUGCAGUAUGAAGAAGGGAAUAUUGUCGAAUGGGCCGUUCCGCUUAUCAAAUCUGGUGACAUCUCCGCAAUGUUAGACCCGGUACUGAAACCUCCGACCGAUCUCGAGGCUCUUAAGAAGAUCGCGGCCAUAGCAUGCAAGUGUGUGAGGAUGAGAGGGAAAGACCGGCCGUCGAUGGAUAAGGUGACGACCGCCUUAGAACGGGCUUUAGCUCUAUUAAUGGGCAGCCCGUGUAACGAGCAGCCCAUAUUGCCCACCGAGGUCGUGCUGGGGAGCAGUAGGAUGAAUAAGAAGGCGUCGCAGAGAUCAUCGAACCAGUCGUGCUCGGAGAACGAUUUGGCGGACGCAGAGGACCAGAGAACGGAGUACAGGGCGCCUUCUUGGAUUACUUUUCCGAGCGUGACUUCCUCGCAAAGAAGGAAAUCGUCAGCGUCGGAGGCGGACAUGGAUGCAAAUAUGAAGAACAAUUCAGAGGGGAAAAAUGUCGGCGACAGCGGGAGGGACGGGCUGACGAGCCUGGAGGAGGAGAUAGGGCCGGCUUCGCCGCAUGAGGAUCUGUUCUUGCAGCACAACUUCUAGUUCCGCGGCGAGCCAAACAAUGGAGGGAGAACAACUGCUCUGGAUCUUUCUGGAAUGAUGGGUUCUUUAGUUAGUUCACAAUUUGAAGGGAGAAUAACUGGAAUAUUCUCUUUACAUUUUACCAUUUGCAGUAACUCUGGGUUGAAUUUGGAGGGGAUGUGUUUCUCCUCCUUAAUUGACAGCUCUUUUGCUUGAUAUUUUAAAAGUAUAGAGAAUUUGCUGCAACCAUUUAUGAUUUAGUGUAUCUUCUUAUCCAAUCUUUUCCUAAUUUUGGAAUUCAUGUAAUCAAAGCUCAUCCUUUUUUCUCUCCCUUUUUUUGGUCAGUUUUUCUCUAUUUGAGUACGUAAGUGCGGUGCGAAUGUUAUGAUGUUUGAUUAU